AUGGACACAAAAACCAUUGCAAACAGAACCAACACCCUGUCACACGAACUCAUAGACGAGAAAGUGCUGAGCUCCGGAUCUACUACAACCAAUGCAAAACCGGCUGGGAAACCCAAUUUUUUUAAGAGUAUUUUUCGCCAUUUUCCCGGAGUAAAGUCGCGCAAGAAUUUUGAAGACACAAUUGAUUCGGAUCAGCUUGAACCAGACGAGCCGCAGGCUGCGGAUAGAGAAAACGAUUUUUCAGACCACCCAAUGGGCGAAUUGAAGACAGGGUUCAGUGAGUUGGGUUUCGAAAAAGGCGGAUGGCAGUCAUACUAUCGUCGCGGAGAGGCAGAAGUACUUAUGUCUAUUUCGACGCACUCGGAGUCUUCAUCUGUUCCGGAGCAUAACAGUUCCUUUUACAGUUCUUUGAUAUCGUCCCCGGAAGAGACGAAGGUUUUUGAUGAACUCGAGGUAUCAGAUGAGAGUAAGCGAACGAGUAAUCCCUCGGUCAUCGAGAAUCUGAUUGACCUUUACGAUGACCUUGUUUCCGAGUGA